AGAGAGAGCGGGAGAGAGAGAGAGAGAGAGAGAGAGACGUCUUGCUCUGGCGCGAAUGCGCGGAGUGAAUAAGUGCUGUCCAUGAGGAAUACCCCGCACACACACGCACACACACACACACGCACCUCGGAUCCUCGGAUUUUCAGCGUGUGCCAGUGAGCAGUGAGCGGGUGUGUAUGUGAGUGUGUGUGUUUGGACUGGAGAAGAGCAGCAGGACGCAUCGCGGGAAUUCUCCUCACUCUCCUCACUGGAUUCUGAAUGGGGUUUUAUCCCGGAUAAACUUCGGAUAAUUUUUCAGGGCUGACUGUUUCUCCAUGUUUUUGGACACAAUGAUUACGCAGAGCAUGAGGGAUUUGUUUCUGGGGACCCUUCUGGUUUCUGUGUUCUCAGCUGUAUCAACCCAGAGCAACCCAUUUACCUCCCUGCCACCUCUGUCAGCUCCCCGCAUCUACCUGUCCUUUAAAGAGCUGAAGUCUACAGGCACGGCACAUCACUUCGCCUUCUUGCUAAACUCCACUGACUACAGGGUCCUGCGCAUGGACGAGGAUCAUGACCGCAUGUAUGUGGGCAGCAAAGACUACAUCCUCUCCCUGGACCUAAAUGACAUCAAUAAAGAGCCCCUUAUAAUCCACUGGCCUGUGGCUCCUCUGAGGAAGAAUGAGUGUGUUCUGUCAGGGAAGGACAUCAAUGGCGAAUGCGGGAACUUCAUCCGGCUGAUUGAACCAUGGAACCGGACUCACCUGUAUGUGUGUGGAACAGGCGCCUACAACCCCAUUUGCACCUAUGUGGACAGGGGUCAAAAAUCACAGGCUUUGCUCCAGAAUCAGAAUCUUCGAGCAGGAGGCCGAACAAGUCGUGCAGCAGAACCCAGUGCCUCGCCUGAGCCUUAUGCACCCAAGGAAUACAUCUUUCGUCUGGAGCCGGGAAAAGUGGAUUCUGGGAAAGGAAAAUGCCCAUUCGACCCCAAAUUAAACAGUGUGUCUGCGCUGAUCAAUGGCCAGCUCUACGCUGGAGUGUACAUCGAUUUUAUGGGAACGGACUCUGCCAUUUUCCGUACACUAGGGAAACACACAGCCAUGAGGACCGACCAGUACAACUCGCGCUGGCUCAAUGAUCCCACGUUUGUCCAUGCACAGCUCAUACCAGACAGCGCGGAGAAGAAUGACGACAAGCUGUACUUUUUCUUUCGCGAGAAGGCUUCAGAGAUGGGUCAGACCCCCAUGACUCAAUCCAGAAUUGGCAGGAUCUGUUUGAAUGAUGAUGGAGGUCACUGUUGUUUGGUUAACAAGUGGAGCACCUUCCUGAAAGCACGACUAAUCUGCUCCAUAACCGGGGCUGAUGGCAUUGAGACGCACUUCGACGAGCUUCGGGAUGUGUUUAUUCAGAAGACUCAAGACACCAAGAAUCCUGUCAUCUAUGGAGUCUUCUCAGUGUCUGGGUCAGUGUUUAAGGGUUCAGCCAUAUGUGUGUAUUCCAUGGCCGAUGUGCGUAUGGUCUUUAAUGGCCCCUUUGCCCACAAGGAAGGUCCAAACUACCAGUGGAUAGCCUACCAAGGGAAAAUCCCUUACCCACGGCCUGGGACAUGUCCAGGAGGGACGUUCACCCCCAACAUGAAAUCCACUAAAGAUUACCCAGACGAGGUUAUCAACUUCAUGCGGAACCACCCCACCAUGUACAAUGCUGUGUAUCCAGUGCACAAGCGCCCCCUGGUGGUGCGCACCAAUGUUGAUUAUGAGUUCACCACUAUCACUGUGGACCAAGUUGCAGCAGCAGAUGGCAGUUACGAGGUGCUGUUCUUAGGAACAGACAGAGGCACCGUGCAGAAGGUCAUUGUUCUUCCUCGAGAUGAUCUACAGACUGAGGAACUAGUUCUGGAGGAAGUCGAGGUCUUUAGGGUUCCAACACCAAUAACCACAAUGAAGAUUUCUCCAAAACGACAACAGCUGUAUGUGAGUUCAGCAGUAGGAGUGACUCACCUGGCAUUACACAGAUGUGAUGUGUACGGUGAAGGGUGUGCCGACUGCUGCCUCGCCCGGGACCCUUACUGCGCUUGGGAUGGCAAGUCCUGCUCCCGCUACUCCACCAACCACAAGAGGCGCAGUCGAAGGCAAGAUGUGAAGUAUGGCAACCCGAUUAGACAGUGCAGAGGCUACAACUCCAAUGCCAAUAGAAACACUCUGGAGGCGGUGCAGUAUGGAGUGGAGGGAAGCACAGCGUUCCUGGAGUGCCAGGCCAGGUCUCCUCAUGUGUCCAUCAAAUGGCAUUUUCAGAAGGAGAACAGUGACAGGAGACGAGAGAUUCGUUCAGAUGGGCGUGUGUUGCACACAGAUCAGGGCCUGCUUUUGCGCUCCCUGCAGCUCUCAGACGCUGGCACCUACCAGUGCACAGCCACAGAGAAGAAUUUCAAGCACACGCUGGUCAAGCUGCAGUUGCUUGUGCUUUCAGUCCGCACUGUCAACAGCAUCCAAAUGGAGACCGGAGCCUCUAUACCUGCCUUGCCCGCUGUUCCCCUACAGACCAGUGCCUGGACACCCAGUGCUGAGCAGUACAAAGACCUGCUGACCAUCCUGAGCCAGCCUGAGAUGGGCUUAAUCAACCAGUACUGCCAGGACUACUGGCAAUUCGCUGAGCAUGACAAGAAAGACCCAUACGAACCGAAGGAGCCGCGCAAACCGCGUAACCGGAGACACCACGAGACCCAGAGGAGCUCAGCCGAGACAUGAAUAGGAGGCUGAGGAGGCCGGAAACACAGACACAUAAAGUACAUGCAUCCACGAGACUCAAGCAAAAACUCCAACCCGCUGAAACACAUUACACGUGAAAAUAAGUUAAACUACAGUGUGACCGAUGGACAAAAUGGACACAUUAGAGCAGCGAGAGUAGGCAGUAUUUAUUGUAGUUUGUACAUAGUUAGACUCUGUGGAUAUCUUUGUACUGAGAGCACAAAAAGAGAGGGAAAAAAACAGUUUUGUGUAUAUGAUUCUUCUGUGCAGAUAUUUUAUUAUUGUUAUUCUUCGUAUAGCAUAUUUAUUAUAGUGUUCUUGUCCUAAUGAACUGUGUGAUUGUAUUAUGGGGGAAGGUGAAAGCACAGUUACAGGCUGUAUAUACUGAGUGGAUAAAUACUCAUGGCACCUCAUUUGUAGGUGCUCCUAAUAGGCCACCAUGUAAUAUUCAAUGAGACAUUAGCUGUAACACCAGUGGUUUUACUGACCAAGCAGUUUCCAUGGAUACAAGCUGUAUUCUUAGUCAGUCACACUUUACGUAUGCUUUAGUUCAGGGGUGUCAAACUCAUAUUAGGUAAUGGGCCACAUUACACUUAGUCCAAUGUCCAAAGUGGGCCGGACAAAACAGAGCAGUUUGGUAGACCCAUAACACAUGAAUAACUCAUCUUAAAGGUGUUUAUUGUAUCAGCAUUUAUCUGUGAAUACACACACUGUGAAUACACAAACAGAUUGAACAGGUAUCUCCUACAAACCUGAUGAACAAACUUGCAAUUCAUUACAAAAAAAGCAAUUUUUCCAGAUUAUGGUUUUUCCAUACAGUGGCUUGGAUAAGUAUUCACCUCCUGGGUGAAAUUUUCCACUUUUUGUAAUGUUACAACCUAGAAUAGACUUAAUCGGGAUUAUAUAUCAAUUUUUUAGCAUGCUGAUGAAGAGUUACAAAUAAAUUUUCAAUGGCUAGCACAUUUUAUCAGUAGCUGAGUUGAUGGCUGUAAGUUUAUUGCUCUAUUUUGCCCCCUAGUGGAGAACAGUGACUAAAUUUUUCAGUUCAAUUAUGGUUCACAAGACAAUAUUGCUUUAGAGAACGGAUUCUAAAUUCAUUUAGAUGGCCAGAUCAGAAUCUUUAUCGACACCCCUGCUUUAGCUAUACUUGUAAAUGUUUGAAUAGUUAUGUAGUCAAACUUAAUUAUAAUAAUAACUCUCUGAGUACUUGGCUGAGGAAAGAAAAUUCACAUAGUCGUUACAUGAGUAGGAUAACAGUGUGUACAGUUGAUCAGAAUCAUCUCAGCUCUACACAGGAGGUUUAAAACAUCAGAUUUAUGUCUUUGUAAUGGUCUUGAUCUUCCAUGUCUAUAUGACUACAUGUGCAAAAUUCUUCCGUAAGUCACUAGGUCUGAUUCUAACCCAAAAGGACAUCCCACAUAGUAACCAUAUGCUUUUACUCACAUUAGCAAGUUAUAUGUAAAUAGUACAUACAAUUAUUGCACGAAGUAAGUACACUAAGUACACUAAAUUACCGAAUGCAUAGGAUUCAAAUCAGGAUGUUGUUUCUUUUUUUCUAAAUUAAAUGCAUAUUGAAAGAGUAUGCCAUAUUGUGAUAACCUUGUGCAUCUUUAUAACAGAGAAGUCAAGGCAAGCACUUUUAACCACCUUAUCCAGUCAUUUAGACUGUCGUCCCAGAGGUUUAGGAGAAUUGUUCUCAUUUUUGCAUGAAAUGUUUUUGUACUGUACAGCUUUAUUAGUUAAAAACCCAGUUAUGUUGUUGUGUAGAUGUUUAUGGAUGGUCUUUUAUGUAAGAAUCACUUUAUGUGAAAACCACAAAGGAACAUAGAGACUGAUUUAAAGGAACAGAGAACUACUUUAUGCACAAGACAAGGUGAAAGGAAGCUAAGUGGACUUCAAUCUCAUGUCUCUCCUGCCUUUCUUGUGUAAUUGCUUGACACGUGGUAAAGCAGGCUGCUUUAAAUGACUGUUGUACAAUAGCGGGGGUUCUAUUUGUAAUACAUUAUAUACCACUGUGGUUUGUCUUUCAUUAUGUUUUUUUCUAAUAUUUUCUGUGUAUAAAAUAUUAUUGGAAAUAGAUGUACUUCAAAGUUAAUGUUAUGGUACUGACUUUACUGUGCUUUUUUUUUCUUUUAUUGUUGUUGUUGACUAAAUAAA